CUCCCAAAGCCAUGAAAGAGACAGACCCAGGAGCCCCUGGGCAGGAGGCACUGGAGCUUUUCCAAGACUACAUCACUUACUACCGGGCAGGAGGCCGAGAUGGAAGGCUGUGGGCCUGCAGGCAGCCAGCUGUCACCCAGAAGGCCAGGAAGCUCCUGGCCUCAGGGGCCAGGCAGCCCCGAGGACUUUGCUUGUAUGAGGAGGCAGUGACUGGGGGCUCCUGCCAGGGGCUUCUGGGACAAGGAGAGGAUGUAUGUCCAAGGCUGGUGCCAGCACUGGAAUUCCUGGAGCUCAUAUGUGUCAACCUCUUUCUCCUCCCUUGGAGGAGAGAAAUAAAGUCACUGAAGACAUUUACAGGUAAUUUUGUCUACUCAGUUCGGUCUGUGCUUCCAGAAAACAUUGUGGAAAUGAUCCUGAAGAAAAUAGGUUAUGUUGCCUUAACAGCCACGGAGUUUUCACUUGUCAGAAAAAUAAAUGAGGAGGAAGCAAUGCAGACAGCAUUUGAAAUCUUCCUCACCAGAGUUGAAUGUGAAACCAUCCUUGAAAUGUCUCCUGAGUCAGGUCACAGGGAGGAAGUGGGCACCCUUCUACAAAAUGCCCAGCCAUCCAGGAUUCCAGAAUGCUCGAAAGACAUGGAGACUCAUCCCAACCAGGCGGCCAAGCUCAUGGGCAAGAGGGAGACAAACAAUUUGCUUUCCAACCUAAGGGAUGCACAGGACCCAGCAGACAAAGGCAAAUUUGAAAGCCCAUGGAGUGGGAGAACAGAGGAUGGUUGUCAUUUGAAAUCAGAUCUAAGUCUGCCCAGGGGAACAUCUCCCACCGAGGUCCUCACCCAGAACCAGGAAGUGGUCCAAGAUGUUCACAAGUGUUCAGACAGUGAUGAGUUCCUAAACUGCUACAGGGACAUCUUCAUUGGCCAGAUGCCCAUCUUCCCCAAGGACCUCCCUCCAAGUAGCCAGAGGAAGCCCCAGUCUCAAGGUAGCUGUACUGACCAAGGCAUCUUGGUCUCUGACAAGGCUGCUAUGUCCAGAGUUGUCUCCAUCCUGCCCCCUCUGGCAUGCAGUGGCCCCCAGGCCCUAACAGUCUUUGCAGAUCCAACAUCUGAUGGCCCACAGGUAAGGCCUAAGCCAGCAGAGGUGGCAGGCCUUGGCAGUACCACUAAGCCCACCCACCCAGGCACAGCUCCAGAGUCCCAACCUACCAACAUGGCCCUACCCCUUUGUGACAACGCUCCCUGGGAAGAUGGCUGGUCCAGUGAGGAUGACCUUGAUGACCUUUCCUCCUCCUUUAGUAGGCUCCAAAUUAAAGCUCACAGUACUGAAAGCCUUGAAUAUCCUGUUGAAGAGACCAGGAAGGUCAAUAAGAGUCAGACUACUGGAAGCCCCAGUCAUUCUGAGGGAGGGCACAAGCAUCUUGAUGUAACUAGUAAAAUACAUCCCACCACCCAGCCAGGGUCAGAAUUACUGUGUGGACCCUGGGAGAAUGGCUGUUCUGAGAGCAGGAGGCAGCAACUGCAAGGAACUACACCAUCCUUCCGACAUGUCCAGGAACCUCCAAACAUUACCUACAUUCCUCCCAGAAGUCUAGAGGUGCUUGCUCCAGAUAGCACCAUCAGCACACACCAUCAGGAUGACUGUCAAUGAUUGGCUUAAACCCACUGGGUAACAAGGCUUUGAAACAUGGGCUAGGCAAUGUAAUUACACUCCCUGCUUGACUUUCUGAAUAGGGACAGUGCCAAGGGCUCUAGGCUGAGGAAGACUGAAGUAAGGAACACAGAAACAACACGUCCUUCCCAUUCCCCUUUCAGGUGCUGUCACACAGCCAUUCAAUCUUAUUUCUGCAAGGGAAGAAGAAGGAAGGAAGAAGACAGGAAAGCAGCAAUCUAGAAGAGUUCAAAGAAUGUGGGACCUGGAGUCAAAAGACCUAGGUUCCAACCCCAGUCCUACAUCCAUCUCUGGACCUCAGUUUCCUCAGCUUCAUGCAAAACAAGUAUGUCAGACUAAGGUGCAGCCCAGUGCCAAUACUUUUAUGUUUUAACAUUCUAAGAUCUCUUCUAGCUGGCAUUCUAUGUUCUAAGGUCUCUUCUAGCUCUGAUCAUUGCUCUAUCA